UGUGUUUGUUGCUAUCGCAAAAACGCAUAUUAACGCAUCUAAAACGAAAUAAAUGCCAAAUAUUUUUUCGGUUUAGGGAAUCCAAUUUAUAGCAGUUAAUCUGUCUAAAUUUCAAUCAUUUUUUGGACGCUUAAGUCGAAAAAGUUUGACGGCAAGUUUUGUUCACUAGCUUUAUUCAACUCGACGCUUCGUCACUAUGGAUGUCGGAGAUACGCUGAAAGAGCUCAACAUGACAGUGGAUGAAAUGGACAGAUUUACCAAAGCUUUCAAAGACGAAAAAUUCAGGGAAAUGUUGCGAGAUUACGCCCAAGAAAUAUCAGACCCUGAGAACAGGAACAGGUAUGAAGAGGAGAUCAAACUUUUGGAGCUGGAGAGAGGAAACAGCAUCGCGUUUAUCCACCCGCAACCAUUCAGAGCGUUUAAAACAAGCGUGGAUGGUAAACAGAAAUGCUUCAUUAAUAUAUGUGAAAGUGACAAAGUGGGGAAGCCUGAAUUUAAGUGUGUUGUGUCAGAAGAUGGCUGCAGAGGACAGCGGUGGUCCUUGCCUCACAGUCUGCCCCCUGGGAGGCCAGACACAGACCACAAAGGUAACAAAAUCAUGAUUUAUGACGUUGUUUUCCACCCUGACACUCUCCACAUAGCAAGUAAAAACAAGAGAUUUAUGGAUAUGGUGGAGGGCACAGCUAUUCAGGGAAUCCAGGAUGCUUUUAAAGUGGCUCUGGACAAAAACAAUGUGAGAGAGAUGAGAACAAAAUAUAAAGGCACCCCGCAGCCUUGUGUAAUUCGUAAACCAAUACCUGGAUACAAAGCCAAAGAGCAAACAGAGCAGCCCGACCCCCUUGCCUUCCCAUACCCGGAUGAAAAAAGACCUGCCACACUUCCCCAAACAAAGACUGCAGAGUCGCCUCCAAUGAAAAACAGCAAUGCUGAACCUAAAAGCUUCCAGAUCCAGCCUCAGAAAACCAAAGAGCCAACCAAACCAAAAUACACAAUAAAAUAUCGAUCUGUCAUUGACCUACAGGACUUUAGAUGCUCUAGAGACUCAGCCCAAAGCCCCAGGCCCAAAGAGAUUGUGGUUAACAUUGAUAUGCCACUCCUGAAGUCGGUCACAGACACCAGCCUGGAAGUGAAGGAGAAAAGCCUGCUGCUGGAGUCCAAGACCCCGGCCUACAGGCUGGAGCUGCCUUUAGCCUAUCCUGUGGAUGAAGACAAAGGAGAGGCCAAGUUUAACAAACAGAGGGGGCAGCUUACCAUCACACUGCCUGUUCUUCCUCCUAAAGUGGAUUUUGAUUAUUUGUCAGGUGCAGCUGUGACUGACGGUGAUUUUCAGAGUGUAAGUGAUGAUGAGAGCCAGAAGGACAGUGAGGUUGAAGGUGAUAAAAAGCAGCAGGAGAAGGAUUGUGUUGAGAAGGAACAGGAGGACAAACGGAUCCAAGAACAGGGGAAAAUGGUAGAGAAAGCUGAAGAAGAGGAAGAAACAGGCCAGGAGAAAAAAGAGCAGAUGAGGGAGGAUGGAAAAAAUGAGGAAGGAGAGGAAACUGGUGCAGAGGAGGAAAAAUGGAAGAAGCUGGAAAGAAAAGGCCUGGAAAGUGUGGAGGAGGAAAAAGGAGUAGAGGUUCAAAGAAGUGAAGAGCAGGAGCAGGAGCACAUAAAUAACAAAGAAGCUGAACAAUUGGCAGGGCAGGACAAGCAAAAUGAAGAUACAGAGUUAAGUAAAUGUGAUUUCCAGUGUGAUAGAGGCAUUUCUGAUGAAGUAGAAAACUCAGUGGCUGCUGAUAACAGAGACGUGGCUUCAUCUGAAACUGAAAAACAGCACAACUUGAUUUCUGCUGGACACUCUUGUGGUAUAAAAGAGAGGGAAGGAGCAAAUUCGACCUCUAGUUUGGACUCAGCACCCAAAAUAGAGACUUCAGAUAUCCAAGAGGAGAACAAGAAGACAAAAGGAACUGUACAAGGAAACAUGGAGGUGGGAACAGAUGCUGCAAUUCUUCAUCACGCAUCCGGUAAGGAAUCCAAGACUCCGACUGUGGCUUCUUUAACCCCACUUAUGACAACCACCAUUAGUCAGAACAAUGUGGAGGACAGCUGCAUUUCUGUAAAGUCCACCAAGAUCUCUGAAGCAGAUGAAACAAGGAAGUCAAGCAGAGGAGAUACGGGCGAACAGUUCAGCUCUGAGGAAGUAGCUGCAGAGCAUGACAACAAGACGCCAGCCGUGUUACUGAGGGAAACUGAGAAAGAUGGAAAUGAGAAAGUCAUCAGUGAUCACUCCACAUCUGCUGGCUUCAUCUUCCAAAACACCCUCUUGUAUGAGCUGGACUGAUGGACUGAGGAAGACUUGAGAGGAAAAGAACAAGUUUUCUUGUUUUACAGGAGUU